AUGAGGCUUCUCAAAAUUAGGCUAAGAUGGUGGAAUUUAAACGUUUUUGGCAUCAUCGAUAUGGAAUUGGAAGAAAGCGUUAGAGAAAUAAAUGAUAUACACAAUCUUCCUUCGGAUGUUGAAGAGAAGGCGGAAGAAGUGAGAAAGGCAAAUCAGAAUUUUUGGUUGAAUCUUAAAAUUAAGGAGAACAUGUUAAUCCAAAGAGCGAGAUUGAAGUGGCUCAAUGAUGGUGAUGUAAACAGUAAGUUCGUUCACGCGAUAAUGAAGAAAGGUUUAAGGUGCAAUUUCAUUGGUCCUAUUUCAACCUCGAGGGGACUUAGUUCGGUGGACGAUGUAAAAGCUGCUGUCUUUGAGCAUUUUGAGGAUAAAUUCAAGGAGACCGAAGGGUAUAGGCCUGUUUUGGAAGGGGAUGUUUUCAAAAUCCUAGAUGCGGAAGAUAAAAAUUAUCUUGAAUUUCCAUUUGAGGAAGGAUGUAUUCAUAAGAUUAUUUCUAAAGAGUUGGCGGGAAGGCUCAAAAAAGUAAUUGCAAGUGUUAUUUCUAAAAGUCUAAGCGCUUUUGUUCCCGGGAGACAAUUGUUGGACGGGAUUUCAGUGGCUAAUGAGAUGGUGGAUUUUUCUAUCAAGGAAAAGAAACCUUGUUUACUUUUCAAGGUAGACUUUGAAAAAACUUACUAUAAGGUCAAUUGGGCUUUUCUUCGAAGUAUGAUGAGUAGAAUGGGGUUUGGAGAGAACUAG